AGAAACGACAUUGAUUAUUUGCACAGCUCAAGGACUAGGUGAAGAGACGGCAGGCACAAUGAAGCGCCGAAGAGACGAAGAUGACCAGGCUGACGCCUCUGAGGCUUUAGAGGGUGAAGCAUCCAUUACUGUCAAUCGACCUUCUGUAAACGUAGAAUCAGAAUCACAAUCUGAGUUCAACACCCCUACGAAACGAAAACGCGGCCGACCGCCAGGAAGUAAGAAUAAACCGAAAGACCUUGACGCAACCCCUGAAGCAACACCAACUUCUGCGCGGAAAACGAACAUUCUGUCUACAACAAAAGGCAAGAGACUGUUUGCAACCCCUACUAAAUCUCGCGGCAACGAUAAUGCCGAAAUUGACGCUACUCCGACUGCUGUACGCAAUGCGGACCGAUCCGCGCGGAAGAAGAGCGCAAGGAGAUUAAUCGAGCGGACCAUGGCGGGAGAUGUCAGCGACGGAGAAAAUAUCGAAGAAGAUGACGAUGAUCUUGCGAGAAGAAUAUACGGAGAAGCUGAUGGCGGUGAGCCUUGGGACGAGGAACCGCUUGGUCAGCCAGUUGGAGACGUGGAAGAGGUGGACACUGCUACAGCGGAACCACAAACGCCCUCGAAACGUGGUCGGGGUCGUCCAAAGGGCUCAAAGAACAAACCGUCCCCGCCGCCCCCACCUGAUAUGCCGGCUUAUGAGCAAUACUUUUACGAUAAUCGGCCUGCUGGAGUAAAAACCUCGAAUCACACACUAUCCUCUUUAAAUCUCCUUACGCACGAAGAGUACUUUUCUUUAAUUCGCGAAUAUGUUGACCCACAUGAACGCGAAGAAGCUUUUCUCGAAGAACUCCAUACUAGAUCAUUCGAUCAAUGGCUCUUUGAGCUAAAUGAAGGAUUUAAUCUCUGCCUCUAUGGUUGGGGCUCCAAACGACGCCUUGCGACAAAAUUUGCUUCCUAUAUAUAUCAUUCUCAAACGGAAAAGAUUUCUUCCCAAGAAUCGCCCAAAAUCAUAAUCAUAAAUGGUUAUGCGCCUAACCUUUCACCUCGUGACUUUCUCAGUACCAUUAGCAACCUACUCUUCCGACAUUCGGAAUCCUCCACCUCGAAUCUCAAACUCGGCGCCCAGCCAGCCGAUGUGGUUGAUUCGAUUCUCUCUCAUUUAACGUCAAAACCCCCGUCUACACCACUCACCAUUAUUGUUCAUUCUCUGGACGCACCGCCUUUACGACGGUCUGCAACUCAAACACUGCUCGCGCGACUGGCUGCACACCCGAAAGUGAAUCUCAUAGCUACUGCGGAUAUUCCCAAUUUUCCCCUGCUAUGGGACAGCAGCCAACGAUCACAAUUCAAUUUUGCAUUUCAUGAUAGCACAACAUUUACUCCAUUUGGCCCUGAAAUAAGUGCUGUCGACGAUGUGCACGAGCUACUAGGCCGAAGCGGUCGGCGUAUUGGCGGACGUGAAGGCGUUACUUACGUCCUCAAGAGUUUGCCUGAGAAUGCUCGAAAUCUGUACCGCAUUUUGGUGGCGGAGCAGCUUGUGGUCCUCGAGGAAGGGGUCGGACUUGAUAUGGACGCUGGCUUGAAUGGAACAAGCGCUGAUGCCGAGAAUGCGGCCGUCGAGUAUCGGGUGCUGUAUCAGAAAGCCGCGGAAGAGUUUAUCUGUAGCAGUGAAAUGGCUUUCCGCACACUGCUCAAAGAAUUCCAUGACCAUCAGAUGAUUACAUCUAAACGCGAUGCGCUCGGCACUGAGCUCCUUUCGGUGCCAUUCCGCAAGGAUGAGCUUGAGACAAUCUUGGAGGAUAUAAUCUAGGCG